CGGGACGCCGCUGCAAACCGACCCUGUGAUUGGUGCGGGUACCGGAAGCGGAAAUUGUGGCCACCCGGCGCCAAAAUAGAACGGUGGUGGUGGAACCGCUCAGUUUGCCAAUUCAUUUAUAUGGCGUGAGAUGAGCAGUGAAUCCAGAGGAAGAGCGUAUGGACGAGGAAGAGGCUUUCAAAGCUGGCGAGGAGGAGGAGGAUGGCGAGGCAGAGGAAGAGGACAAAAAGGAGACUGGAAGGGAAAUGCUGGGAAGGCUGAGUCUGCCCAGCCUCGAUUAAUUCAGUCAACAUUAGACCCAGUUACUCCAUACAAAGGGUGGAAGCUGUAUUUCUCUGAAGCUUAUGAUGACAGCUCUCCUUUUGUCCAGAAGAUUCGAGCAUUUCAAAAGUUUUUCACAAGCCGCAUUGAACUUUAUGACAAGGAUGAAAUUGAAAGAAAAGGGAGUAUUCUUGUGGAUUAUAAAGAGCUGAUGGACGAUAAAGAUUUAAUUAAGUUGAUACCAGAUAUAUCAAAUGAAUUAAGAGAUAUGCCUCAGAAAAUAUUGGACUGCAUGGGUCUAGCAAUACAUCAGGUGUUAACUAAAGACCUUGAAAGGCAUGCAGCUGAACUGCAGGAACAAGAAGGAUUGCCAAUUAAUGAAGAACCUAUAAUCAAUGUGCCACAUAUAAAUGCAAGGGUGUACAACUAUGACCCAUUGACACGACUGAAGAAUGUUCGGGCUAAUUGCUAUGGAAAAUAUGUUGCUUUGCGUGGUACUGUUGUACGUGUCAGUAACAUUAAGCCUCUCUGCACCAAGAUGGCUUUCAUAUGCAGCACGUGUUUAGGUGUUCAGAGUCUUUCACUGCCAGAUGGAAAAUAUACCCUCCCCACAAAGUGUCCUAUUCCUGAAUGCCAUGGCCGAUCAUUCACUGCAGAUAGAAGCUCUUCUUUAACAAUUACUGUGGACUGGCAGUCUAUAAAGGUCCAGGAACUCAUGUCUGAUGAUCAGCGAGAAGCAGGUCGAAUUCCUCGCACCAUAGAAUGUGAGCUUGUUCAGGAUCUUGUGGACAGUUGUGUUCCAGGAGAUAUAGUCACAAUUACGGGAAUUGUCAAGGUGUCAAACUCUGAAGAAGGAGCCUCUAGAAAUAAGAACGAUAAGUGUAUGUUCUUGUUGUACAUUGAGGCAAAUUCUGUCAGCAACAGUAAAGGACAAAAAAUUAAAAAAUGUGAAGAUGAGACUGAUCACAGAGCAUUCCUGGAAUUUUCACUAAAAGAUCUUUAUGCUGUUCGAGAGAUUCAAGCUGAGGAAAAUCUGUUCAAGCUGAUUGUCAACUCACUUUGUCCUACUAUAUAUGGCCAUGAAAUUGUAAAGGCAGGCUUGGUGCUGGCAUUGUUUGGAGGAUGCCAAAAAUAUGUUGAUGACAAAAACAGAAUUCCAGUGCGAGGAGACCCACAUGUUUUGGUGGUUGGCGAUCCAGGAUUGGGAAAGAGUCAGAUGUUGCAAGCAGUGUGCAAUAUUGCUCCGCGUGGUGUAUAUGUUUGUGGUAAUACCACCACCAGCUCUGGCCUGACUGUAACUCUGUCUAGAGAUGGCACCUCUGGAGAUUUUGCUUUGGAAGCUGGUGCUCUAGUACUUGGAGAUCAAGGUAUUUGUGGAAUAGAUGAAUUUGACAAGAUGGGAAGCCAGCAUCAAGCUUUGUUGGAAGCAAUGGAACAGCAAAGUAUCAGUCUGGCCAAGGCUGGCAUUGUAUGCAGUUUGCCAGCUAGGACAUCUAUUGUUGCUGCAGCAAACCCAGUUGGGGGGCACUAUAACAAAGCCAAAACAGUAUCUGAGAACUUAAAAAUGGGGAGUGCCUUAUUGUCCAGAUUUGACUUGGUAUUUAUCUUGCUGGACACCCCAAAUGAAGAUCAUGACCAUUUGCUUUCUGAACAUGUAAUGGCAAUGCGGGCUGGAAAACAAGGAGUACGUAGCAGUGCUGUAAUGACUCGCACCAAUAUUCAGGAUCCUAAUACCUCUGUCCUUGAAGCAAUUUCAGAGAAACCACUAGUAGGAAAGUUAAAGGUCUUGCCAGGAGAAAACUUUGAUGCCAUUCCACACCAGCUGUUGAGGAAGUAUGUUGGAUAUGCCCGGCAGUAUGUCCACCCAAAUUUAUCUCCAGAAGCUGCGCACGUCCUCCAGGAAUUCUACAUUGAGCUCCGGAAGCAGAACCAAGGGCUAGACAGCACACCAAUCACCACAAGGCAACUGGAGUCACUGAUUCGACUUACAGAGGCACGCUCAAGGCUGGAGUUAAGGGAAAAGUCAACCAAAGAAGAUGCUGAGGAUGUUGUAGAAAUAAUGAAAUAUAGCAUGCUAGGUACUUACACUGAUGAGUUUGGAAAAUUGGACUUUGAACGUUCACAGCAUGGUUCUGGGAUGAGCAAUAGGUCACAAGCCAAAAAAUUUGUCUCUGCCCUGAGUAGCAUUGCAGAAAGAACCUACAACAAUAUAUUUGAAUUUCAACAGCUUCGGCAGAUUGCAAAGGAAUUACAAGUAAAAGUAUCUGAUUUUGCCAGUUUUAUUGGCUCUCUCAAUGAUCAGGGUUAUCUUCUGAAAAAGGGUCCACGAGUUUAUCAGCUUCAAACUUUGUGAAAGAACAUCCAUAACAAUACUUGAUGCCCAGUGCUUGUAUCUGAAGAGGAUUAAUGGACAUGCUGCAACAGGAUUCCUGUUACAGUACAACUGGCAGUCUACCAAGGGUACUCCUGUACGUACUUUGCAACUAGCCUUGAGCAUCAGUAAAAGACAAGAAGUUCCCAUGAAUACUGUCAUUUAAAAAUAACCCUUUAAGAAUGACUGACUUUCUUAAAAUACUGCCAUAUGACAAGUGCUGCCAUGUGACAAGUAGCGUAGGACUCCAAAUCCAGAUAUGAGUUGUUUGAGACAGGAAGUCUAUCAGCAUAUAUGCCAAUUAUCAAAGACGAUAGGAAGAAAAGAUUCUGUAUUUAUAUUCAUUCUAUUAAAAAAACAGUAGUGGAUUUUAUUGCAGCUUGAAUAACCUAUGAAAUUUGGUGCCAUUUCAAUAGAAUAUUGAAAUGACAAAGUUUAUAGUUAUAUAGUUAAAUCAAUUAAACAGUCACAGAAACUGAUGGAAAAGUUUUCAAGAAAUGGAUAAAUAAUUUUUAAGCUGAGGCACUGUAUAGUUAUACCAGUUAAUUAAAAGAGAUUCUUUAAUGUAAUCUACUUUGGCUGCUUAAUAUUUAUGUGCCUCUUUACCCGGGUGUUUAUUUAAAAUAUUGGCUCUGGUUAAAAAAGUUAAAUAUUGUAUUGUAGACAUGAGAGUGCUUUUUCUAAACAUAUUUCAUUAAACUUUAAAGACAAAAGUUGGUUUUCUAUUAGUUAAGUGACAUUAAAUGUUAUACAUUGAAAAACGUGGAAAUUAAAGCACUUUUAUGAUAAAUACAA